ACUUCGAACAUUAUAUGUGCUGAAUGGAGUUAUAGUGAUCAAUCAAAUUGGCCUAGAACAUAUCCACAAUGUAAUGGCCAGUAUCAAUCGCCUAUAAAUAUAGACACCCGCACCGUCCGAUUUGCACCGUUUAGUUUUUUGAUGAAUAAUUACGAUAAAGCCUUUAAUAUGAUCGUACAAAACAAUGGUCUCAGUGUAGUCAUGACAAUAGCUGAUUCCAGUAUUAUUAGACCCAGUUUACAAUUUGAUAGUAAUUCACCUAGAUACAUACUUGAUAAUGUGCAUAUACAUUGGGGUAAAAGCAAUUUGUUUGGCAGUGAACAUAGCGUUGAUAAUGAAUUUGCAGCGGCAGAGAUACAUUUUGCGCACUACAAUCAAAGAUAUGGUAGUUUCAGUCAGGCACUAACACAACCUGAUGGACUGGUAGUUAUAGCAGUAUUGAUGAGCAUCAGUAGUACACCUAAUCCCAAUUUGAAUUGGCUGAUUGCCGCUGUCCAACUGAUUACCGAAUACAAUUCGGCCGCAACAAUAGCCAGUCAUUCUGAUUUCUACCUGGCCGAUUUAUUACCAAACGACCGGAGCUCAGUUUUCCGAUAUCUCGGUUCAUUGACUACACCGCCGUGCUAUGAGUCGGUCACUUGGCUUGUAUUUGAAAAACCAAUACCUAUAAAUACGGCUCAGCUUGAACAGUUUAGGUUAUUGCGCCAGAAAUCUAUUAAUGGUAUACCAGGACAUCCAUUGCUUGGCAAUAGACGAUAUAUUCAGCCAAUCAAUGGUCGCACAGUUCAGACAUCUGAUCCCAGUUAUCAUUAA